CCAGUAUUGCUCCACCUGCGGCUGUUGGCUUUCACUUGUUCAUUUGUUUCGCUCUCGGGAUGUAUUGUUGCUGCUUGUGAUAGGGUUAGUCAUCAACAACAAGAAAAAGCCACAGCGAGUAACUUUUAGUCCGUCUGUGGUUCCUGGUCUCUCGGGUCUAAGGGUCUAAGGGUGCCUGCGGUGUAAAUCCAGAGACUUCACCUACACACGUCAACGGAGCGUUAUCUUGCAUAUCGAGACGGAUUCACUUUGACACGUGGAUGCAGCGAUGAAGAGCAGAACUGCACUGACUGGACUCUUUAUUAUUAUUUUUCUUCGGAUCAAAGCAGCAGAAGGACCAGAGCUCAGAGAGAAGCACGGAAUUGAGCUGCAAUGCCCUCCAGCAAUGGAAGCACACCCUGGAGAGAUCGUGAUACGGUUUCUAAUAAAGUCCCAAAUAGAUGUCUGCAAAUACCUGACUGUGGAGUGUUUGUAUUGGGAUGCAGUUAGUAAGACACCUGUAGAGGUGUUUUUGGUCCAUCGGGGAAAAGAACAAUUACAAAAUCAGGACCAGAGGUUCAAAGGAAAGGCAGAUCUUUUGCAUGAAAAAACGUGUUCAGGGAACUUGUCCCUUAAUUUGACAUUACAUUAUCCUGGAACAUAUGACUGCACUGUUGAAAUUGUUGACGUCAAGAAAAUCAACUGUUCUACAAACCUCACUGUUCGUGAACAAGACCCCGACACACUAUCCAAUCAAAAAGAUGGUGACAAGAAUUCAGUCACAAAGAAGCAAAGUAGUGAUCCAGGCACCUUCUGUUGUACCACCGGCUGCAUCAUCGUCACCACCGUCGUCACCUCCGUCAUCAUCUGUAAAUGCUUCAAGAGGCAUUUAUGCAGCUGUUGCUCCAGGAUGUGUUGCUGGACCCACUGGAGGGAAGGGAGGCACGGUAGAACCAGGACCAGGACUGAGAGGGGCAGACUGUCAGACCCUGUGGGGGGAGUCAUUUAA